UUUCCGCAGAAAACAGCGGCAGAUGACAGCAACCUGUUGCGCUGGGACAUAUCGCAGACUGACUUACUUCACCUCAUCUGAAAACAGCUUUCUGGAUUUCAACUUUGACCGCUAUCGUUGACGAAAAAUGUCGAAGAAACAGAUUUUCUACUCUGACAAGUACAACGACGACGAGUUCGAGUACAGACAUGUCGUGCUUCCGAAGCAGCUGUCUAAACUGGUGCCCACCUCCCACCUGAUGACAGAAGAAGAGUGGAGAGGACUCGGGGUGCAGCAGAGCCAGGGCUGGAUUCACUACAUGAUCCACAAACCAGAGCCACACAUACUGCUUUUCAGAAGGCCUCUCCCAAAGGAUUAAAUGGGAACCAGCUGUAAAAUACCUGCUAUCUUCUUUGCUGUUUUCUGUUGUCUUUUGACCCUCUCUCCUUCAUUCAUCUCUACAUGUGAUCUAAUGUAUUGCGUAGAAAUUUUUUAGAGGUAAUGAGAAACGGCUGUGAAUGAUAACCUUUUGACAGUAUGAAAGGGAAAGUCUGCCUGUCAACUGUACACUUUUAGCACACUUAAAAAUAUCUGUUUAUGUCAUUUUGUCAAAACUGAUUUAUUUACUGAGCUGUCGUUCGAGUAUUGGGUUUUAUUUAUUUAGCCCAUAACUUUCUAUAUUUGUAUAUUUUCUGUUCUUUAAGCUUGUUUGUACUACAUGCAUAUAUUAUUUCUAGAUAUUGUAAAUUUUGUCACUCAGUUAUGAUUGAUUCUUCAAGUUCUUUGUUACCCAAAGAACAAAAUAAAAUAUAUGUAUUCAUA